UUCAACAAGCUCAGGCGAGGAGAGAAGAACAUCCAACCAAAGUAUAAAGGCAGCCCUUUGUCUCUCUGGCUAUGGGGGACGCCGUGGCCGUGACGUCGUCGGUUUCGGUCUCUGAAGAUCGGAUGCACUCUGACUUGGUCGCCUCGCCAUCAACAAGAUGUCCAAGGUUUCACUGCAGGUUCUUUUCUCUCUCUUUUUUUACACUUUCUUCUUCCUUUUUAAGCUCCGAUCCUCGCUUGAGGAAUGGGUUAAAGCGACAGGAGCAGUUUGGCAUGGUCAAAGGCUCAAAGCAACAUCUAGAAUGGACUACUUAGACCCCGUUUGUCAGAACUUUGGCUUUACCUUUUCUCUGGAAAAAAGCCAAAACUCAGUCAAACAUUUUUUUAAUAGCUUACUACGAAAAGCAUCUAAAUGCCAAAGUUGUUUUUUAUUAUGAAGAAAAAACCACAAAUAGUAGCUUCAUCAAUCCUGGAUCUAUUGCUUCGGGAAAAAAAAAAAACUCUGACUCUGCCAUUUUAAUACAGGAAAAUGACUCUGUCUCUACUCUCUAGGAUAAGCCGUUUGUACUGAAUAAUUUGCGAAAUGGCUUUAACUAUAUAAAAAACUGCUUUUCAGGAAGCCAGGGAGGUAAGCUUUUUUUGGGCAAACCAGCUGAGUUGCAAAAUAGGUCUAUCUCCAGCAACUCUCAUAUCUUAUUCCUAAUCUCACGUCCUAUUUUAAACUUCAAUCUAUAUAUAUAAUGCGAAACAAUGUUUUACAUGGUUAUAUGCACAAUCUGCUCGAACAAAACUUUACUUGAGAGAUAAGAUAUUCACUGUUUCAGUCAAAGCAGAUCAGUCUACGGUGCUAGCCAACUACAAAACUUUUUCUGACCACUAUUGAGAAACUUUCUUGCGCACAAGGGGAGAGCUUUUUUUUUUCUUCUUCUCAACCAAAAGAAGAAAAAAAAACAGUCCUGUCAUCUACAAGAAGUUGGCAUGGCAUUUCGUUUGGUUGACUCUGAACUUGUAGUUGUAGCUGCGUCUAUUAUGAAGAUUUGGUCUCUGCAUGUGUGCACACUGACACAGGACACCGAGUCCUGCUCCUGCAUCGUGCUGGAACUGGACAGCUCAAAAGCCACCUGGAUCCCCUACAAUUCCUCAUCGAGCGGCGGCUGACGAGGAGCAGAAAGCAAGGGUACGGUGUCCCCGUCCCCUGCGGCCAUGGCAUCCUGCCUUCUCCUCCUCGCCGCCUUGGCCAUCUUCUUCGUCGCGGCCGCCGGGCAGAACAACAGUAUCAUGGAGCCGUUUAAUCCGUCCUGCUCGUCGACGGACAACUACACCGACGGUAGCCAGUACAAGAAGAACCUGGACCAGCUCCUGGCCGCGCUCCCCGCGGCGGCCGCCGACAACGGCUGGUUCUACAAGGGCAGCGCCGGGGCGGGGCCCGACGAGGCGUUCGGCCUCAUCAUGUGCUUCGCGGACCGCAACGCGACGCAGUGCCUCGACUGCCUCUCCAGGGCGCCAGCCGGCAUCACGACGGUCUGCGCGGGCAGCCGGAACGUGAGCGCCGCGUACGACGCGUGCGUGCUCCGGUACUCGGCCGCGCCGAUCCCCGCCACCGCGGACCUCAACGCCGCCUUCGCCGUGCACGAGACCAUCGUCGGCGUGCCUGUGACCUCGGAGGCUGUGCGGGACGCCUGGGUGCCGCUGAUGAGCAAGCUCUCGGGCGGCGUCGCCAACACGCCGCUGCGGAUUUUCAACAGCAGCACGCCGUACUCGGGCGCGGGCUCGCAGGAGAUGUACGGGCUGGCGCAGUGCACCAGGGACCUCAACGGCAGCGAGUGUUCUAACUGCAUCUCGGGCUACGCCACGAGGCUGGGGGAGCUGUUCCCCAAUAACACGGGAGGCUCCAUCAAGGGCUACAGCUGCUACCUGCGCUACCUGGUGGCCCCGAUAGACAUCACUCUGCCGCCGCCGCCGACGCCGACGUCUUCGCCGCCAGCUCCAAAAGCGUCGAAGACAGGGAUCGUGAUUGGCGUGUCGGUCGGCGCCGUCUCCGUCCUGAUCAUCAUCGGCGUCUUCUCCAUAUGGCUCCUUCGCCGGCGACGGAAGAGGAGGCAGGCUAGAAUCCUCGAGGAAGCGAGGGAGCAAGAGCUGGGAGAGGGAGGGUUCUUCGACGAGCAGCCGGAGCUGGAAGACGAGUUCGAGAGAGGGACCGGGCCGAAGCGGUUUCGCUACGGCGAGCUCGCCGUCGCCACCGGCAACUUCUCGGACACGCAGAAGCUCGGGGAAGGCGGGUUCGGGUCAGUGUACAGGGGAUUCCUCGAGGACAUGGAUCUCCACGUCGCCAUCAAGAGGGUGUCCAAGGGGUCGAAACAGGGGAGGAAGGAGUACGCCUCGGAGGUGAGGAUCAUCAGCCGGCUGAGGCACCGCAACCUGGUGCAGCUCAUCGGCUGGUGCCACGGCGGAGGUGAGCUCCUCCUUGUCUACGAGCUGAUGCCCAACGGUAGCCUCGACCAUCAUCUCUACAGCAGCAGCCACGGCGGUCUGCUGCCGUGGCCGGUCCGGCACGAGAUCGUGCUGGGGCUUGGGUCGGCGCUGCUGUACCUGCACGAGGAGUGGGAGCAGUGCGUGGUGCACAGGGACAUCAAGCCGAGCAACGUGAUGCUGGACGCGUCCUUCCACGCCAAACUUGGGGACUUCGGGCUGGCGAGGCUGGUCGACCACGGCCGGGGCUCGCACACCACCGUCCUCGCCGGCACGAUGGGGUACAUGGACCCGGAGUGCAUGGUCACCGGCAGGGCCAACGCCGAGUCGGACGUCUACAGCUUCGGCGUCGUCCUUCUGGAGAUCGCGUGCGGCCGGCGCCCCCUGGUGCCUCGCCACGGCGAGGACGUGAUCCACAUCGUGCAGUGGGUUUGGGAAUGGUACGGCAGAGGAGCCAUCCUCGACGCCGCCGACGCACGGCUCAAUGGCGAGCUCGACGCCCGGGAGGUGGAGACGGUGAUGCUCGUCGGGCUCUGGUGCGCUCACCCUGACCGGAGCCUGAGGCCGUCCAUCAGGCAGGCCGUCAACGUGCUGCGGUUGGAGGCGCCCCUGCCGAGCCUGCCGGCGAGAAUGCCGGUGGCGACCUACAUGCCACCGCCUGAUGCUUUGUACUACACAUCUUCGGUCACGACAGGCGGCAGCAGCACGGGCACCGGCACCACUCGGUCAAGCACAACAGAGACAAGUACCCUGCUCAAAUGACCACAGAUCGGUGCUUCUGCACCCGAGGAUUUUGAAUGUCUGUAGAUAUGUACAUUUAUGUGCAUAUAAGUAUAGUUAGCUCACAUACAGCAGACAAACUUUAGCAUUAUUAAUCAACCAAGACGAGAGAUCAAGGGGAGUUAUCUUAUAAUUCAGUGCAUGUGACAGUUUUUCUGUUGCAGCUUUUACAGUGAAGGCCAAAAGGCUUCGCUUCCCCAGCCUUACAUCCAAGCAUCCAACCAACCUCCAUAGAAUCACAGCACGGGG